UUUCCCUGCUACUGCUCCUCACAAAGCCAACAACAUUUCAAGAACCCCGGCAACGAAAAUAAGAGCUUGGAUCUGAGAAUUAGAAUUGGAUUUCUAAUACUCAGAUCCCUCUCCUUCUCUGAGGAUUUAGCAAAUCGAUGCGGGAUCAUUCACAUUGCAAGCCAUUGCUUUAGCAUCAUAUUCUUCGGCGGUUUCUCGUCAAGAUGCCGGUUUCCACUCGGUCGCAACUCUCCGGCUGGAAGUCCGGCGAACUGUGUGGAUCGCCGGGUCUCCGUCGUUCUUUUAUUAAAAAUCCACACCAAGGCCUCAAGGAGAAAAUGAAAGCCCUUACCGCAUUGUACGAGCAGCACAAACAGCCUUUAGCUCCAAGCCAUCAACUAACCAUCGAUCUCAUCGAUUGCGAUGGCAAGAAGCUCGGUGAAGACAAAAAGAAAGAGCAAGAAGAGAUGAAGAAAAGAAGAGAGGGAGAAUCAGGAAUUCCAAAGAAAAAGACCACUUUGUUCCCCAAAAUUGAAGCUAAGGAGAACUUUGAACCGAAGUUCUCUGAUGGGGUUUCGGCCUGCACAAUGCCACGGAAAGCGGCUACAGCCGCCGGAGCUGCGGCGAGAAGGACUUCAACGGGUUCGAUGUCGGAUGGGAGAGUUUUGAUGGGGAUAACGAAGAAUAACGAGGAGUUCGAGGCGGCCGAAGAUAUGGGGAGUCGUAUAAUGGUGUUUGUCCGGCUAAGGCCAAUGGGAAAGAAAGAGGACGAAACCGGCUUAAGGAGCUGCGUUAGAAUUGUCAAUAAAAGAGAUGUGUAUCUAACUGAUUGUGCUUCGGAGACGGACUAUCUCAGGCUCAAGAGAGUUCGGGGCCGCCAUUUCUGCUUCGAUGCCUCUUUCCCAGAGUCUACUUCACAACAAGAAGUGUACUCUACCACAACCACAAAGCUCGUGGAAAGUGUUCUUGAAGGCAGGAAUGGCUCUGUGUUUUGCUACGGGGCAACAGGUGCAGGAAAGACAUACACAAUGCUGGGUACAAUGGAGAAUCCUGGGGUCAUGGCAUUGGCCAUGAAAGACCUCUUCUCAAAAAUUAAACAGAAAAGCUUGGAUGGAAAGCACUCUGUGCUGCUUUCCUAUCUUGAGGUGUAUAAUGAGACAGUUAGAGACCUUCUAUCACCUGGGCGACCACUUAUCCUACGAGAAGAUAAACAGGGAAUCAUAGCAGCUGGACUCACUCAGUACAGAGCUUAUUCAACAGAUGAAGUUAUGAAAUUGCUGCAGCAAGGAAAUCUAAACCGGACAACCGAACCCACAAGAGUGAAUGAGACCUCUUCAAGAUCCCAUGCUAUACUUCAAGUUGUCGCAGAAUAUCAAGUCAAAAAUUCAGUUAAUGUGGUCACAAGAGUAGGGAAGCUGUCUCUUAUUGAUCUUGCUGGUUCAGAGAGAGCCCUUGCAACAGAUCAAAGAUCCCAAAGGUCAAUUGAAGGCGCCAACAUCAAUAGAUCCCUACUUGCUUUGAGCAGCUGCAUCAAUGCCCUUGUGGAGGGAAAGAAGCACAUCCCUUACCGUAAUUCAAAGCUCACACAGCUUCUCAAGGACUCAUUGGGUGGUCCAUGCAAUACUGUAAUGAUUGCCAAUAUCAGCCCCAGCCAUAUCUCGUUUAAUGAGACUCAGAACACUCUCCAUUGGGCUGAUCGAGCGAAAGAAAUAAGAAAUAAGGCAUGCCCUGCAAGUGAGGAAGCAGUGCAAAUCUCAGAGUCUGAAACUGAAAAUGCAAAAUUAAUGCUUGAGCUACAAAAGGAAAAUAUUGAGCUGAGGGAGCAAACAGUGCUCCUCCAGCAGAAGAUCAUGACUGCUCAAGCUCAAGCAUUGGCAUCGAACUCCCCUCAGCAACAACCACCUGCCCCCUGUCCUCUCCCAUGCACGCCAUCUGCAAAACAUCGUAGGCACAAACUAUCCAUUCUCGGUGGUGCCAACUGCUUCAGCACACCUGAUUCAACCAAAAGAAAAACAGCAGCAGAGAAAAUAACACAAGAGUUGCAGAGGAGAGUAGAGGAGUUAGAAACUGAGAUUGAGAGGCUUAAGAGCGAACAUAUUGUUCAGCUUAAGCAGAAGGAUGAUUUAAUUCGUGAAUUGAUUCUGAAGGAAGGCGCAAAGGAGGGCGGAGACAAGGUUAAAAGCAGUGUGGGAAAGAGAGGAAGCAUGGUGAAAAAGGAUUUGAAGAGCCCAAGCCAUGGUAGCACUUCUCCUCAGACAAAUGCUAAGAAGAGGAGCUUCUGGGCUACUAGUGCUGCUAAUAGUCCAUCGGUCGUUGCAGCUAAUGGAAGGAAGACUAGAAGCCAUGUGGCUCCACAGUCUCCUCCAGUUCCUUCAAUGAUUCUUCCAGUUUUGCAUGGACAAAACAGAAUGCGGCUUCAAGGCAGUGACUUGGAAGCGGGCAUCAAGUCAAUGACAAUGGAGCAGUGACUAAAGAUGAAGAUGAAGAAGCCACAAAUUUUCUUUUCAUUUCUUUAUGUAUUUCUCAAUCUCUGCUUAUUGGACAAUUUUUUUUGCCACGUUAUUCAGUCAUCAACAAAUAUAGGUAGUUUCAUUUCUAAAUGUGUUGACGAAUUCCGAUCUUUACGAUGUAAAUUCAGCAAAUAUUAAUACCAGUUGAGAACCCAAAGUUCCCAAUCUUCUGUUGUACAUUGCAAAACUUGUAAUUAAAGGCUUCUACAGGCGAAUAAAAUCGUUCAUGUAAAA